AUGGCAAACCGACUCGUCCCACCGGGCCCCGCCCCACCCCGCUUUGAAUGGGGAACGAGUGUCGUCCGGUCCAGGUGGUCCUUUACUCCUCUUCGUCGUUCUCGCCGUCCAGGUGGUCCUCUCGGCCUCUUACCGGUGAUUGUCGUCUACCGAGCACCACAAGCCACAACACACCCGCAACCACGACACCCACCACUACUGACCCGGCAGCCCACCGUGAUGCCAUUUCGCCACUCGUCAACCACCAUAGCCCUCCGUCGGCAUCACCCACCAACCACUAGCCACUAG